AUGUCUGCUGCGCAAAAGGCAACUCGGCACAAUGAGCUCGACGACCAACAAUCAGACGUAGCCGCCGACCGCACCACCACCCCCGAGCCCACGUCCAACGACCAAGACGGCCCACGCGCCGACGACCAUGACAAGGCCAGCCAUGUGCACUCGGACUCUAGUGACGCCGAAGAUGAUGACGACGCCGACGACGAGGAAGAAGAUGAGCCACAUCUCAAGUACGACAAACUAACAGCCGCUCUGGUGAGCGUCUACCGCAAUGGCGAUGCCACCAGCUCGCUGUUCGUUGCUGGCGACAAGAUGAUCCUCGGUACUCACAAUGGAAACAUCCACACUCUCUCCCUGCCCUCGCUACAGUCUCUGCGCCUCUACCACGCCCACUCAGCCUCCAUUACCGCCAUCGAUGUCUCUCCUACGCCGCAACCCUUCUCCAAUCUCCCAAAACUGGACCGCUUGAACUCGAACGCCUGGCGAGCCCCUCCACUACCCAUACCGUCGUCGCGCAAUCCCAAGCAAGCCCCUAGCCUGCCUCCGACUCCUUCCAAUCUGAUCCAUAUCGCUACUGCUUCCAUCGAUGGCCAUGUUUGCGUUUCGUCGCUCGUCGAUCCUAAGGAUGUUAGUCUUCGUAACUUUGCCCGUCCUGUCAAUGCAGUCGCUUUGUCGCCAGAGUACAAGACCGAUCGUACAUAUCUCUCUGGCGGUCUUGCUGGGAAUCUCAUAAUGACUUCCGGUGCCAAAUCUGGUGUGAGUGCCGACGCCAACACGAACAGCGCCGCUGCUGCCGCCUCAGGUUGGCUUGGUUCCAUAGGUCUGGGACACAAUACAGGCAAAGACACCGUCUUGCACUCCGGUGAGGGUGCAAUCAGCACCAUCUCUUUCUCGAACAGUGGCCGUUUUGUAGUCUGGGUGAAUGAGCACGGCAUAAAGAUAAUGCGCUCGCAUCUGAAGCUUGAGUCUCAUGAAUCCGAGUCUGCUUGGAAGCGCAUUGCUCAUAUCGACCGACCAAAUCGGAAUGCUUGGCCUGACAUGGCUUCUGUUUGGAAAGCCCGUGUGCAGUGGAUCAAUGAUGACGCUCUUGAAGCAGAUUUGGACGAGCCGAGAGCUCCAAAUGGCUCUGCUACUCAUGAUUCGAGUAAGGCCUCCAAGAAGGUCCAUCCAGAGAAGCUGCUUGUUGGAUGGGGUGAUACUGCAUGGUUGAUCCAUGUCUUUGCUGCGCGCGUUACUGCUGGCAAAAAUGGUCCUCAGCGUCUACCAGGGCGCGCUGACAUCCUGCACAAACUGACCUUUGAAGAUUGUGUUGUGUCUGGGUUAUCGCUCUACACACCUUCCUUACUUGCUGUCCUUGCUUAUCGCACACGUGACGAUCAAGACAAUCCAAUCCCUUCAUCUGUGCAAGACACUCCAAAGCGAGGUAGACAUCACCGCCAAACGGGUCUGCAACCCGAGCUACGCUUGAUUAAUUUCGCGACUGGCGAAGAGGUCGAUGUCGACACCCUCAACAUAAACAGAUUUGAGUCUCUAUCUGCUGCUGACUAUCAACUAACAUCUCUCUAUGUACCUCCACCGCCUCGUCUUGCGCCGGUACAGAAAGGCGCUCUGGAGAACUUUGGUGCCGGCUUAUGGGAUGCAGGAGCGAGUGCAACGCGUCUUUUCAGUUCUGGUGCCAGCAUGAAGAGAUCUGUUGGUGGUCCUCAGAUUGGUACAUCACCUCAAUCGGCCCCUGAUGCGAACCCUUUCCUCGCGCGAACAGGUAUCAAGCUAUUCGUCCACAGUCCCUAUGAUUGUGUUCUGGCCAUCAGGCGUGAGCUCUCAGAUCAUUAUAGCUGGUUGCUGGAGCGCAAACAGUACGGCAAAGCUUGGAGUCUGAUAGAUGACCAUCCUGGCAUCGUCGGCAUACCAAAUGAUCGACAAUCCAUUCCUUCUUCGCCAAGUGGACCUUCACGCGCGCAAAACAGCCUCGCAGACUUCUUCGCUGAUGAGGAUGUAUCUUCGACUACCAUGUCCCCUGAGAAGAUUCAAAAUUCUCUCGCAACCAAGGAAAAGCAGCGGAUAGGAGACUUGUGGUUACAACAGCUUGUUGCGAAUGAUGAGUGGUCAACAGCAGGAAAAGUAGCUGGUCAAGUUCUCGGCACUUCUUCACGGUGGGAGAAAUGGGUUUUGGCAUUUGCACAAGACGGUCAUUUUGACGAAAUCACGCCGUAUAUCCCCAGCACUGACAUGAAGCCGGCUUUGCCUUCGUUUGUGUACGAAGUCGUACUCGGUCACUAUAUCGGUCAUGAUCGACCACGUUUCCGCGAACUUCUAGAUCGUUGGGACCCUGAACUGUUCGACAUUACAAGUGUGAAAACGGCGAUUCAGAACAAGCUCGAUUCAAGCGAUGUCAAUGAGGAGUCUGUUGAAGGCGGGGAGCGAGGAAGGGACUGGCGCAUUCUGCUGGACGGAUUGGCAAAGCUCCACCUCGCCGAAGGCUGUACAACGGACGCCUUGCGCUGCUAUGUUCGACUCCAGAACGGCGACGCAGCCAUGUCGUUGAUUCGUGAAUACCAUCUAGCGGAUGCUGUCUCUGAUGACAUCCCUGGAUUGUUAAUGCUCCGUGUUGCCAGAGAACAAAUGAAGACAGCGUCCCUGGAAGAACUUGAAGAAGCUUCGGCUGAAGUCGUUCGUCUACUCGUUGAUGAAGCCUUCUCGGGAAACAUCCGACCUGAAGUUGUCGUGUCACAGCUUGAGCAGCGUGGUCCAACUUAUCAAUCCUUCCUGUUUUUCUAUCUUCGUGCUCUUUGGACAGGACGGACAUCAGAUGAAGAAGUCCCAUUGAGCAGAGCCGAGCGUAUGAAGCUUCAACAACAGGUAGAAGAAGGCAGGUUACUGGUUGAACAGUACGGUGAUCUGGCGGUAACGCUCUUCGCUCAAUACAACCGCGAUUUAUUGAUGGACUUUCUGCGGUCUUCGACAUCAUACACGUAUGAGAAAGCAUCGCAUAUAUGUGAAGAGAAACACUACAUUCCGGAGCUUGUAUAUCUCCUGAGCAAGACUGGACAAACAAAGAGAGCCCUGUUCCUGAUCAUCGGAGAGCUUGGCGAUGUCAGUCAAGCCAUCUCUUUCACCAAGGAGAACCCUGAUCUUUGGGACGACUUGCUUGAUUAUAGCAUGGAUAAGCCAAAGUUCAUUCGUGCGCUGUUGGAAGAAGUUGGCACAUCUAUUAACCCCAUAACAGUGGUACGGCGAAUACCGAAUGGGCUAGAGAUCGAAGGUCUCAGAGAAGGAAUCGGCAAGAUGAUACGCGAGUAUGAGAUCCAACACAGCAUCAGCGAUGGUGUUGCCAAAGUUUUGAGAGGAGAGGUCACGUCAGGCAUGGAUGUUCUUCGAGCAGGACAAAAGAAGGCGGUCAAAUUCGAAGUGACGCACGAAAAGCUUGAUGAGGUUGAAGUGCACGCUGACCCAGUUCCAAUAAUCAAUGGUGAUGAUGUGGACGCUGAUGGCACUGAUCACAGCCCCAAGCCAGGGCACUGUGUCGGCUGUAAAGAAGCGUUCCAUCAAGACGAGAGAGAAACUCUUCUCGGAUUCAAUUGUGGCCACGUCUUCCAUUUGUCUUGUCUCUUGAACUCUAACGCUGACGCUAACCAAGCCGAUGUCAAGAGAUUACAAGGUCAAAGGCUUUCGGAAGAUGAGGAACCCAUUGACAGUGGCAGAAGUGUGCAGGCCAAAGUCGAGCACGCGCACCAAAUAAAGCGGGCUGUCCAAGGUGGAUGCCCAGUCUGUACGCUGCCGGACGACAGCGCCUAG